AUCUUUGUUGAUUAAUUAGUAGGAGUAGCAUUUAAUCCCAGGGAUAUAAUAAUUAUUAUAUAAUAAUUUUUUCCCCAGACGAACCUGCUGCCUAGCUAAAUCUUAAUUAAAAUUAAUUAAAAAAAAAAUGGCAGCAGGAAUGGAUUUCCCAGUGGUGGUAGUCGUGGUGUUGAUAGUAGUAAUUCUAAGUGGAGGUGGUAGUGCAGAAACAGAAAUAGCAGAAGUACGAGACGAGAAACCGUGUUGCAGGUCAUGCAACGUGGAGUGGGAUCAACACUGUGAUAACCAGCGCGGGGAUACGGCGGGGAGUUGUCCGGACUACUCCCCAGGCUGUUUGGCAUUCAGAUGCGACUACUUCAGGGACUUGUGUUACGAAGAUUGUUACACUCACUACUACUAUUACGGGGAUCACCGGGAAGAUUGUUGGGAAGUGGAUUCCGACAGCUACUGUUGCAUCGGCUGCGACAAGGAGUGGUCGGACUGUCAUUACGCACACUGUGUGAAUGAGUCUGAUGAGGAUGAGGAUUAUGGCUGCCCAGUUUGCCACCGGUCCAGGUCCAACUGCUAUGCUGCCUGUGCUCUCAACCACGGCAACAAUUGUGGUUCCACUUCCUCCCUCCCCACCACCACAUUUACCCUCUUCAAUCACACUUCCACCCUCCUCUCUUAAUUACUAGAGAUUCUUCUUCUUCUUUUUUUUUUUUUUCUCCGUAUACCAAGAAUAGAGGGUGUGAAGCCAUAGUGAGUAGAAUAUACCGAUUAUAUCGUGUGUUUAUAACUAUGAUCACUUGAUACUUACUACACCAUCUUUAAUUAAAAAAUGCGGACGUAAAAUAACAGAUAUUAUAACAUAUGUGAAAGGGAUUUUAUUAAUAUGUUUUUGUGUUUUUUCAGUACUCUCUUCAACUUUUGUUAUAAGACAUUUUGAUUCGUCAUAAUUAAAUUUCACUUAUUGUACCAUUCUAAUUGAAUUUAAAACUUCAGAAAGGUACUUUUUCACAUUUAUUCUAUUCUCCUAAUUACUAUAUAAAAAAUAUUUUUUUAAGGUUUCAUUUUCAUUUGGAAUAAUAGGAUAACUGAAAUUUAGAAAAAAUGUAUUACGAAAAUAACCCUUCACCUUUACCUAUGAUGGAUCCACCACAUCGAUCAACGGCAACUUAAUUAUCAUAUUACUGACUCCGGUCUUAUAACAUACAAAUUAUUAACAUCAAAAUUAAUUUAAAAUUAUAUGCUACAAUUAUGACUGAAAGGAAAAUUACAUAUAAAUCUUGCGGGUCAAUCCCCAGUAAAGGCACUAACACUAUUUUCCAAACUAGUUAGGCAUGAGGCCACUAAAUCCUAAGGGCCACCGUUAUCUUAUUAGUUAUUAAAG